AUGCGGAUACGAAUAGGAAAAUUAGAUGUGUUUAUUGUGAUUGCUGCGACGAUAUGCAUCGUAUUCGGAAUUGUCAUGUGGGCGGCGUUCUCGUCGAUUUAUAGUACAUUAGUCAUUCAGAAUCUCCGCUUAUCUGAAAAUACGGAUACCAGUCUCGGAUACUCAGCAUUCCAGUACACAAAUCCUCAAGUGACCAACGUUAUGAAAUUCUAUUUUUUCAAUUUAACAAAUCCGGACGAAGUCAAAUACUAUUCUGCAGCCCCAAACAUGGUGGAAAUUGGACCAUUUUCAGUCAUAGAAAGCGAACAGAAAAAGUAUCUGGAUUUUAAUGGGGACAAGUCUCAAAUGUUUUAUCAAAAUUAUAAAAAGUACAUUUUAUCCAAGGAUUAUUCUUGUGACGAGUGUGAUUGGGAUAGAACUCUGGUUUUUCCGAAUCCACCUGGAUUGGGAGCCGUCGGAUCAAUGAUCGAUCCUCAAUUUAAAAUCACUCGUACUGGAAGAACAAUCAUUGCCACCGCUCUAAUGAUUCUUGGAGAGUAUCCAUUUGUAUCCCAUAAAGUGCGCGAAGUCCUUUUCGAUGGCUAUGAAGAUGCCUUGUUGUCUGCAGCACAUUCAGGGUUCGUCACAAUUCUAUCAGGAAUUUUCAAAGGAGACGGUGAAAGUAUCGUGCCAAUUCCGAUUCCUCAAAUGCCAAAGUUUGGGUAUUUUCAAGGGUACAACAACUCGCGAGACGAAGAGUACUGGAUAGAAACUGGGAAAGACGAUAUCAAUCAAAUUGGACAGGUCAAGAAAUGGGCGGGAAUCACUGAGUUGCCGGGGUCUUGGUGGACAGGAGACCACGCGAGGAGGAUUAGUGGAAGUGAUUCUGGAAGUUUCACUCAAAUGCAUCUGGAUGAGUCGUCGACAGCAGACAUGUUCUUCAGUUUCAUGUGUCGAUCCUUUACAAAAACAUUCUACAAGAAGGACACGAUUCAAUCAAUUCCAACAAUGGGUUAUCACAUUGGUUAUGACGAAUGGGACACGACAUCUGAUAAAAAUAUAGGCUUCCGUUAUCGAAAUAUCGAGAAGAGGAACUAUUUUCCAGACUGGCCGAAGUGUCCGCCAAAAGGCGAAUGUCAUCAAGCAGGCUCAAUCGAAUGUUGGAAAUCCGAAAACUUUUGUCACGCCUGUUGUGACGGAUCCUUCUACAAUGGAACCUAUUUCCUUCCACCUGGAAUGUUCCCAUUAGUUUGCUAUCCGGGACGUCUUCAACCGACUCCAUUCGCCGUUGUCUAUUCUCCACCACACUUCUUAUUCUCACCAGAUGAGGUCAGAAAUCCAGUGGUUGGAAUGAAACCAGAUCCGGAGAAGCAUGAACCUAUGAUCUAUUACCAUGAGACAUACAGUGGGACAACUCUAAAAGUGGUGAAUCGUCUUCAAGUCAAUAUGCCUGUUAUUAAAUCUCAUGAUGUUCCAAGCAGUCAAAACAUGCCGAACGUGAUGAUUCCAUUGUUCUGGCAAGAAGCCACGCCCAUCUACCAUCAAUUCAUCUUCAAUCAAGUCUGGCUUGGCUUCGUUUUGGUACCUCGUUUAAUGACGGUCCUUCAAUUUGUUGCUCUUGGGUUCGGCCUCUUUUUGCUGGCUCUUUUAUUCUUCCUGCAACUUCGAAAAUCCAAAUCAUCGUCUGUAAAACCAAUGAAAUCCAGCUUUUUGGAACGAACAAGUAACUGGCUGUCAUCUACUACUUCUAAUUCUUAUAAUUCGGAUCAAAGUGGAGGAUUGAGGAGGAUGUAG